AUGAGUCCAGUUCCGAUAGCUAUCACAGGCUCGCUAUGUGAACUUUGCCACCAAUUCAUCGACAAUCUCUUCUCCUUCGGCUUUGACAGACAGGCCGUUUAUCCAACGCGAUGGCUGCUAGGAGGAUCGGAAAGGGUGGUAGGGAGGCGCUGGGGUGAUGUCUUUCGUCACCAUGAGACGUUUGGAGACCUCGCAAAUAGCGCCAAGAUGUGUGAAUUCUGUAAUGUCCUCUACGUGGACCUUGCAUCUUUGGAUACAGGUCUACAUCAAGGCUGGUUAGGUUUAUACCCGUUCUGGUCUUCAGGUCAUUCAGGAGAGAACAACCUGAAAGGCCUUUUUCGCGCUGGCUUCCGCGACUCUUUGCAAAGCAUGCCCUGGGGAAGCGGCAAGAUUGGAAGUAUCCCACUACACAGCUUUAGGAUCUGCCGACGAGAGCCUUUAACAAAGGGAGAAGAGGUACAUUGGUUAGAUACAUAUAGACAGGUACCAGUCGUACCAACGACUUUAUCCUCUUCACUUAUAUCCCGGGUCGCAGCCAAGUGGCGGCAAGAGUGUACCGAAGCUCAUCCAAAAUGUGUCAAAUCCGACUCGGAUCAUGCACUUCCAACAAGGGUGGUCGAUAUAAGCGACAGCGAAACAGGGCGAGUCUGUAUAUACGAAUCAAAUGGAGAAAAGAUACCAUAUGCCGCACUCAGCCACUGUUGGGGCGGUAUAAUCCCAUCGGUCACCACAACGGCCAACCUGAAGGCAAGAACUAAUGGAAUGGACAUCCACGAACUACCUCAGAAUUUUAGGGACGCCAUCGAGGUUACCAGAAUUCUCGGGUUGCGAUAUCUGUGGAUAGACGCUCUGUGCAUCAUCCAAGACUCGAAGCAAGAUUGGGAUCAGGAAGCUGGAAGGAUGUAUUCUGUAUACGCGGGCGCCUAUAUAAUGAUAUCUGUCCUCGAUUCCGCGGGCAGCACCAAGGGCUUUCUUAAGCCAAACAGGGCACCACUGGCACUAAUAAGCAACGAAUAUGCCGUCCAGAAAGUAUACCCAGAUAUUAAUGAAUGCCUUACGGAAGCCCCGUUGAACGGCCGCGGUUGGUGCAUGCAAGAAAGACUGUUGGCCAAACGUGUACUGCACUUUGGAAAUGAACAGAUGUCCUGGGAGUGUCUGACUGAUUUUAAGUGCGAGGACGGAAAUAAUUAUACCGGCGAGUGGGAUGCGCACUUCGUGGCAAAGUUCCUGACUAUUAGAAAACAGAUUGGUGUAUGCGCCGGCCAAGGUGUUGAGUUAGAUUGGAAGGCAUGGUAUCAGUUGCUAGAAGAGUACACUACACGGAAGUUCACCAUUUCUACCGACAAGCUACCUGCUGUUAUUGGAGCUGCAGCAUUAUUCAAGUCUACCAAGCCAACUGCGACGUAUAUUGCCGGCUUAUGGCAGGAAGAUAUCGCUCGUGGUCUCCUAUGGUGUGCUCACUAUUAUCACAUGCCAGGCCGGAAGGUCUGGGGAAUAUCAACGACUGACGAUAUCUCCGAACUAUCUAAACCACCUACGAAGCGCGCACCUAGCUGGAGUUGGGCUGCCCUCGACGGUGCACUCGACUUUUGGGCACUUCGGAUCGGAGGAUUUGUAGUUGAAGUCUUAAAUGUGGCAAUGGAAACUGAGAAGGAGGCUAUAUAUGGCUACCCAGUGGGGAGCAUAAAACUCAGGGGCCGCCUUGCGCAGAUGUUUUAUCAUCCGCCCGAAGAUAGUAAACACGACGUCGGUAUCUUGACAUUUGAGCCAACUGACACUCCAGAUUUUCAUUACCGGCCAACAAAUACCUGCGUCAUGGAUUUAGAUCGUCAGUCACCGCGACUGUGCUGGGCGUUGAUAAUGACAGAGUUACCUACAAACAAGUACUUGCUUAUUCUCCACAUGCGCAAGGAUGGAUCCUAUAAGAGGGUCGGAAUGAGCAGUGCAAGUUGGCGGGAGAUUGACCCAAGGUUCAGAACGCAAGAAAUUUAUAUCACUUGA